AUGGAGCGACCAUCUGAGGACAAGUCUGCUAUAAAGGCCGAGGUUGUUGCGUGGACAAGUGGAAACUCUACUCAUUUUAAUCUUCAAGGAACCGUGUCAUUCAUUCUUAGUGAAGUCGUCCACCUUCUAGACGACAGCGUAACUGGUCUAUUGGCUAAGAUGAAUUCGACUGUGGUCGGCCUAGUUCCAACUCUGGAGCCAACUAUUAGUGAUGGCGUGACGGAUGUAUUUAAUUUUCUCAAAAACCUUACUAAAAUCAAUGACCUCUUUACGGACACAAAGACCAUGGAAGUCGAAUUAAGUGCUUUCAAGGAAAAUGUGAAAAAUAUUAAUGAAACUUAUGAUGAUGUGGUUCCAGUACUCGGCAGGCUAAAUACAGAGUUUAAAGAUAUUCAUACAGAGGUGAAUAGGACUCAACCUGGAUUGCCAGGGUUGAACUUGAUUGAUUUCCGUUUUGAUCAAGUAAAUGUUAAACCCAUAGUCGCUAGUGUGUAUAUAUACCAGUUUGUGGACAGAUUUGUUCAGUUCGCACAAGAAGUGGAACCAAUCAAGCAGGAAUUGGACUCUAUGCCAAAUAAUAUAACAGAUAAAAUUAAGAAUGAGUUGGACCUCACUGAGUUUUAUACACAAAUAGAGACACAAAUUACUAGCCAAAUUGAAGACAUAAAACCACAAAUAAGCAAUGCAGCCGAUACUAUCCCUCAAUAUAUUGGAAAGGCUCAACCAUAUAUUUCACCUGCUCUGUAUGCUCUAGCAGGAAUCAUGAUUCUGAUAGCCAUUGCCUUCUUCGUCUGUUUGAUGCUUUUCAUUGUGGAAGCUUGUCGUUUUCGCCUCUUUUCCUGCAACGGAGAAGGUCCAUCAGAGCUUGCAAGUAUUGAGAAACUCAGGCGAAGGAGUCGAGCGUGCGGUGGGUGUCGUUUCUGCAUGUGCUCCUUCCUCCUCAUUUUCGUGAUUAUUUUUGCGAUUUUGGCCGCAGUAAUCUUGGUCAUCAGCAGUUUCCUUGCGGCUGAGUUGUGUCCCUACGUGUGGCAGGCAAAAGGGGUCAAUCAAAGUGAUUACGUGUUAAAUAGUUUUGUAGAUCAAAAUUGGCCCCCAAUAUCAAACGACCUGCUUGAUAUGCCAGCACCGAAUAACGUAUUGUUCGCCAUCGGCAACACCUGCAAACCAACUCCAUCAACCGAUCCAAAACUUCUUCCCAGUAUUGGAGUCAAUAAAAUAGCCAACUUAACUAAACUUUCCGAUGAUCCUAACAUUGUCGAAAAAUUUGAAGAGAUGAGCAAGGAAAUGGCUGACCAAAUCUCGACAAGUAUUAAGGAUCAAAUGAUAAAUUCAAUCGAGGAGUUAAGAAAUAGGACACAUUUUCUUGAUCAAAUCCUACAAGCUUUGGAAGCUGGAAAAGCUGUGGUGGAAUUGGAGAAAUUUACUAAUGUUACGAUUAAGGAAUUAAGGGAACUUCGAAGUCAUGUAAAUGACACUACACAGGCCAACAAGUUGACAACUGCAAUUGAUAACCUCGAAAAUCUUAUGCCGAAAGUAGAAAAAGUUCAAGGAGGAUAUAAUGGAGUGGAUGCCAAGAAGGGGUUACCAAAAGAAUUAGAAGACUACCUGAAAAAAGUCAAAGACAUUUUGGAGGUACGAUUUCGUUACAAGAUAUCGUUAUUUUUAACUACUCCCUAA